AUGGAGCCAACUUACACCAUUGAAGGCAACGGGGACACGAUCUUCAUCCUUUGUGACCCCGAUCGACCAUUCGAAGAAGUAGACCACGAAGACUUGUGGUUCAAUCAUUUGCAGCAAUAUGACGAUAUCACUACCGAUAAAAGCCACUUGCGAGAUAAUGUUAAAGACUAUCGUUAUCGUUUGCAAGAGACCAGAGUCAAUAUCCUACCAUCAGCACGAAAGAAUAUGGGCAGACAAGUAUCAUGGCGGGUCUCUUCAGAGAAGCUGAAAAAUGCAUCUGUGUACUUUCGAGACCUUGCAACUCAAGACUGGAAUGAGGGAUCCGAGCAGGGCUACAAAUAUACCAUUACCGUCGAAGGGUGGAAUGAAGCGGCAUUGCAUAAACUAAUACUUAGAAUUCAUGGUCAGGAUGCUGCUCUCAAUGAACUGCAAGUCAACCCCAAGCUCUGUGCUCAGCUGGCUGUCAUUGUUGAUGCCUACCAAUGCUACGACCUGUUUGAGCUAAGCUUUCCAGCAGUGCCUGGGCGAUAUCCAUACAAUGAGAACCUUUUAUUCUCGCUGUUUUCAUCUUGGGUAUUUCGCGACGAGGAAAACUUUAGGGUGUUUUCCAAAGCCAUCAUAACGCAGGCUAGGGGUCGUAUGCAUACUUUAGGCAUGCCCAUACGAGAGCCUAUUAUCAUCUGUAUGCUGGAGCUAACUCGAGUCUUAGAUGCGAUUGAGAAAAGGAGACAAUUCUACAUCGCCGAAAUGGUCAAUUUUGCUAAUGGUAAACUGCAAAAGCUCUUGGCUUGCGAUCAAACCGCUGGUGACCAUCUCGAGGAUACCUUGGCUUUCACAUUUGGCGAAUGGCCGUUAAAAGCGCCAUUCGAAGGGUUCGGCGCCAUCAAUGUCCACAGGGCCCUAGACCAGAUUGGAAGCUGGGAUGAUGUACAACUCGGCGGCUGUCAGUAUCAGACUGAUUCAUCUUCCGAAAUGGACUCCUCGUCAGAAGUGGAUUCUUCUUCAGAAAUGGACUCUUCCAUGACUGACAGCAGUCUUUAUCCGGUGACGUUGAAAGAGCUAAAGGAGGACUGGGAGGGCUUGAACGUGAACGCUUUGCCUAUAGAUGUCUGA